UAUGGUUGAUAUGGCAGUACUUUUCGGUGCCGACAAAGAUAGAGCCACCAAGGAAUUAUCCGAAUCUUUACAAUUCGAAAUGGAUUUGGCCAAUAUCUCCUGGUCCAAUGAGAAGAGACGUAACUCCAAUGAUUUGUAUAACUUGAGAACAAUCAAAGAAAUCCAAGAGGCCUAUCCCUAUGUACAAUGGUUGGAUUAUAUCAAUGCCUUGCUGCCGGAAGGUUUGAAGGUCGACGAAAAUGAAGUUAUCAAUCUAUCGGUUCCCAGUUUUAUGGAGGAAUUGGGUAAACUGUUGAAACGUACCCCCAAACGUACCAUUGCCAAUUAUAUGAUGUGGCGUAUUCAUGCCUUUUCGGUGGCUUUCCUAUCGGAGGAAUUCCGUAAACGUCAAUUGCAAUAUGCCACGGCAUUGACGGGUCGCCAGGAACAGGAGGCCCGUUGGAAGGAAUGUGUUGAUAUUUCAUCAGGAAGCUUAGCCAUCUCGGUGGGUUCGUUGUACGUACGCAAAUACUUCAAGGAAGACUCCAAAUCGAAUGCUCUGGAAAUGGUUAACAACAUACGCGAUGUAUUCGAUAAUAUUUUGGAUGAAGUUUCCUGGAUGGACGAUAAGACCAAAGCUGAGGCCAAGAGGAAAUUGAAACAUAUGACCACCCAUAUUGGUUAUCCCGAUGAAAUGUUGGACGACAACAAGUUGGCUGAAUACUAUGAUAAACUGGAUAUCGAUGCGGAUAAAUAUUUUGAAUCGUUCUUGAAAAUGAAUGUUUUCGGUACCGAUUAUUCGUUCAAUAAAUUGAGAUUGCCGGUGAACAAGACCGAUUGGAUUCGUCAUGCCCGUCCGGCUGUGGUGAAUGCUUUCUAUUCGUCGAUUGAGAAUAGUAUACAAUUCCCCGCUGGCAUCUUGCAGGGUCACUUCUUCAAUGCCCAUCGUCCCAAGUACAUGAAUUAUGGUGCCAUUGGUUACGUUAUUGGCCACGAAAUUACCCAUGGCUUCGAUGAUCAAGGUCGUACCUUUGAUUUGGAGGGCAAUUUGGUCGAUUGGUGGGAACCCGAUACCCAAAAAGCCUACUUGGAAAAGGCCAAGUGUAUUAUUGAACAAUAUGGCAACUUUACCGAUAGACAAACUGGUUUGAAUCUUAAUGGUAUUAAUACUCAGGGUGAAAAUAUUGCCGAUAAUGGCGGCAUCAAAGAAUCAUACAUUGCCUAUAAGAGAUGGGUGGAAAAGAAUGGUGAAGAACCAAAAUUGCCCGGUUUAAAUUAUACACCCGAACAAAUGUUCUGGAUUUCAGCAGCUCAAACAUGGUGUGCCGUGUACAGAAAAGAAACUCUCAAAAUGCGCAUUACCACCGGUGUCCAUUCGCCCAAUGAAUUCCGUGUCUUGGGUUCAAUGAGUAACAUGAAAGACUUCUCCAAAGAUUUUCAAUGUCCCGAAGGAUCACCGAUGAAUCCCGUUAAUAAAUGUGAAGUUUGGUAAACCACAA